AUGUUGCAUGUGGCCUAUGGACGGACUUAUGCAACGCCAAGCAACGCCAACUCCCGGGGAGAUUCACUAACAGCUAAGCUGGAACAUUGCCUAGAAGUUACCUUCCGUCCUAGCUUCUAUACGACCUCGGCCCGCCACCGUCAGAAUGCGCUCCAUUUCCAUACCGAGACCGGCCCUACCGCCACCGACUUUCUCGUCUCCAAGCCCACCUUGAAGAUUGAGAACCCGCAGACCUUGGUCGAGAAGAUUGUUCAGCGAUACGCAGUCGGCCUCGCCCCCGGCAAGAAAGUACGCGCUGGCGAAUACGUAACCAUCAAGCCUGCUGCAUGCAUGACACACGACAAUUCCUUCCCCGUCGCCAAAAAGUUCAUGGGACUCGGCGCUGAGAAGAUAAGGGACCCAAGCAUGGUCGUCUUCACAAUAAAUCAUGACGUCCAAAAUCGAUCACCACAAAAUUUGGAGAUCGAGUUUGCCAAGAAGCACGGCAUCGAUUUCUAUGGUGCUGGCAGAGGAACUGGUCAUCAGGUGAUGGUGGAGGAAGGCUAUGCCUGGCCAGGUACCAUGGCCGUUGCAUCGGAUAGUCACAGCAACGUUUAUGGUAGAAUCAGUUGUCUCGGGACGCCUGCUGUCAGGACUGAUGCUGCGUCGAUAUGGGCGACUGGCCCAGGCGUAGGUGUACUUACUUUUGCAAGACUUCCCAUCGACGCGAGGCUGACGAUAUCAAACAUGUCCACCGAGCAUGGAGCGUUGUCCGCCAUGUUUCCAAUUGCUGCGACCUUAGAAGCCUGGCUGAGGGCUAGGGCAACAGUCUCAGCCAUGAUGAGCCCAGAUAGUAAGGCGCACAGCCGCCUGAGUCACGAACGCAUCGACAGCCUCUUCGAGAACCCUAAGGUUUUGACGCCUCUCAAGGACCUCGAGGCCCAAGAUAUCAAGAUUGACAAGGCCUACCUCGUUUCGUGCACGAAAUCCCGCGCCUCGGACAUUGCAGCCGCAGCGCGUGUUUUCCGCGAGGCCGCUAAGAACGGUCAACCCGCCAAGACUGCCCCUGGUGUCAAGUUCUACUUGGCUGCUGCGUCUUCCCUCGUACAAGAGGCUGCCGAAGAAGCAGGCGACUGGCAGGUGCUCCACGAAGCAGGCGCGGAGCUUCCCCCUGCAGGGUGCGGGCCUUGUAUCGGACUGGGUACUGGUCUUUUGGAGCCCGGCGAGGUUGGCAUUUCGGCAAGCAACAGGAGCUUCAAGGGCCGCAUGGGCUUUACCAAAGCCAAGGCACAUCGCGCUAGCCCCGAGAAGCCGGAGGGGUUUGACAAGGUAAUUCUUGGCGCGGGCGUCGGCAAUAUAACUGCCGACAUUGCAACGUCGAUUGAGGAUGCUCUCGAGAAGCUCAUAUCCCAGGCCGACAGCAUCAUCGCCGAGUCGGAGAAGGGACUCUCCGGCGCCCCUGCCAGAGAUACCGCUGCGGCUGAAGGCGAAGAGACGCUGACCGAGAUUCUGCCCGGAUUCCCCGAGAAGAUAUGUAUGGAAAACUACGACCCAUCCUUCCGCGACAUCGCCAAGGCCGGCGACAUUCUCGUGUCCGGCUUCAACUUCGGCACGGGUAGCUCCCGUGAGCAGGCGGCGAUGGCGAUCCUGGCCAAGAAGAUCCCGGUCGUGAUGGCGGGUAGUUUCGGCAAUAUCUUCAGCGGCAACAGCAUUAACAAUGCGCUCAUGGGCGUUGAGGUGCCUAAGCUCGUGCAGCGGCUGCGCGAGACAUUCAAGGGCGAGGGCGACGACAAGGUGCUAACACGCCGCACCGGCUGGAAGCUGAAGUGGGACGUGCGCAGGAGCAAGGUCACGAUCACGGAGAAGGGCGGCGAGACCUGGAGCGUCAGGGUCGGCGAGCUGCCGCCCAACGUGCAGGAGAUCAUUGCCUGCGGUCCGGGGCAAUGGGUAAAGGCCGAUAUCCGGAAAGAGAGCGCCAACAACUAG